CUUCGUUUCGAUGCACCAUCUGGAAUAAGUCGAUACACUAUUGUGGUAGACGGUCAAGAAGUCGACAAAAAUCCAGAAAUGAAAUCCUUGGAGUUUACUUUAAAAUGCUAUUGCAAGUCACAAUUCAAAUUAACAGAAAUUCAAACAAAUUAUCCAAUUGAACAACAAGUAGUUGGUAAAUGGACCACACAAACUGCAGGAGGAAAUCCGAGUGAAAUCACAUAUUUAAACAAUCCACAAUAUCGCUUAUCUAUAACUCCGCCAAGUUGUAUCUCAUCCAUGGAAAAAAUACGGAUACAGCUUAUGCUAAAAGGGCCGAAAGAGUAUGCAAUUCAUGUUAAAUUAGUCCGGGGUAAUGGUAAAAGAAUCACAAGCGUUUUGGCUAAAGAUAUUCUUGUUCAGUCUAUUGGUUAUCGUUGUGGAUUUUGCUAUUGUGAAAUGGAGGAUAUACUGCCUGGCGAUUAUACUAUCGUUAUUUCAACAUUUGAAGCUGGUCUUGUUGGUGAUUAUGUUUUAACCGUUGCGUCGAACGUUAAAUUUAAUUUAAAUUCGAUACCCCUUGAAGGCGCAGGCUUAUUCAGAAGAGCUAUUCAUGGCGAAUGGUCGGGAGUGAAUGCAAUGGGUUGUGUUAAUAAUACUGACUAUAAUAAAAAUCCAUGCUACCACAUAAAAGUUAUGGAAAUGUCUACUAUAAAAAUUCGGCUUCAAACCCCUGAUAUAAAACCAUCGCCAAUGCUUGGUGUUAAAAUAUAUGAAAAACAUCCAACCAAAUUUUUGGGCAAUGAAGUUGGAGAUUCAGGACCUUAUGCAAACUUUCCUCAAGGAGUUUGUACAGGUGAUGUAACAUUGCCACAUAAUAAUGAAGGAUAUAUUACUGUUUUUUCAACUUGGGAUAGAGGUGUAUCUGGGAAAUUCAAUGCUAUUGUUUACAGUGAUAGAAAGAUAAUAAUAGAAGAUAUUUAA